CCAGUCCUGGCUAGUCAGUACAAUUCAUGGGCUACAACAAUCAUCAAAAUGACCGUGGUUUGGCUCAUUUCAAUAGGAAUUGCUAUUCCAGUCCCUGUCAGAGGCACUGAAGAUGGAAAUGGCAACUCUACAAACAUCACAUGAGCCCCGAUGCCCCAUCGUUUUCAUGACUACAUUCUGUACAGAUCAGUGGCUUCAUUCUUCAUUCCCCUCGUUAUCAUGAUAGUCACUUAUUUUCUUACAAUCCAAGUGCUACACAAGAAGGUCUACUUGAUAAACAAACCACCUCACCAUUUCACUUGCUCAACAGUGUCCACAGUAUUUCAGUGUGACACAACAUCUGCGUCCUCGCCAGAAAAGGUGGCCAUGCUAAACGGCUCCAGAAAAGACAAGAUUUUGUCCAAUGACAUGCCAGUCUGCAGAGCAUACACAACAGGGACAAAGUCCAUGCAAACAAUAACCAGUGAGCAAAGGGCAUCAAAAGUUCUGGGGAUAGUACUUUUUCUUUUCUUGUUGAUGUGCUGCCCAUUCUCCAUAACAAACAUAAGUUCAGUUCUGUGCAACUCCUGCAACCAAGAGAUUUCUCAAAAGCUUACAGAGAUAUUUGUCUGGAUAGGAUAUGUAUCCUCAGGAGUGAACCCUCUCGUCUAUACAGUAAACAACAAAACAUUUAGGGACGCUUUCAGCAAGUAUACCACUUGCAACUAUCGGACCACAAGGCCUGUCAAGGCCCUUAAAAAACGCUCCAGCAGGAUCUCUUUGAGAAGCUCUGCGAUAGAAAAUUCCAAGUUCUUUGUCAUGCAUGGGAUGAGAAAUGGGAUUAACCCCAUUAGAUAUCAGAGCCCAAUGAGGCUGAGGAGCUCACCCAUCCAAGCAUCAUCAGCCAUUCUGCUGGAUACAUUGCUGCUCACAGAGAAUUAAGUUGAUAAAACAGAAGAACAAGUCAGAUAUGUAUAGUGGAAUGGCAGCUAUGCCUAUAUCAUAGUGUCACUGUAUGUAUUGUUCUA